AUGGGUCAGAUAGCACAACAGUUAGCUUCAAAUUCUCAAGCCCCGAGUACCCUACCUAGUGGUACGGUAAAAAAUCAGAGGGAACAUCACAUUGUUAACACUAUCGUAACCCGAAGUGGGAAGUCAACGGAGGAAAAUAGUAUGGAAAAAGAUGGAUUGUUAGAAGUGGAUUUAGAAAUCAAGGAAACUAAGGACCAAGAUGAAGAAGUGAUACUACCACCCGUCAAGGAGAAAGAGAAGAUUCCAAAACCAGUCAUCAAACUCCCUUACCCUCCAAGACAGAAAAAGAAAGAUCACCAUGAGAAAUUUUUUGAGAGGUUCCUGGAAAUGUUCAAAAAGGUGGAAAUAAACAUCCCUUUUUCUGAGGCAUUAGAACAAAUUCCAAUAUAUGCCAAGUUCAUGAAAGACAUCAUCUCCAAAAAGCGUUCCACUAAUAUGGACCCGAUCAUUCUAAUUAAGACAUGCAGGGCCAUUCUCCAAGGCAUGAAAAUCCCAAUGAAAAAGAAAGACAGGGGGUCAGUUACUAUUCCAUGCACUAUUGGCAUUGGCACUGUUCAAGAUAGUCGAAUGACACUUCAGUUUAUGAAUCGCUCUGUUAGGCAACCCUAUGGAAUUGUGGAAGACGUUCUUGUAAAAAUUGACAAGUUUGUUUUCCCAGUUAACUUCGUCAUUCUAGAAAUGCCUGAAGAUGAGGAGAUUCCUCUCAUAUUGGGCAGACCAUUCUUAGAAACAGGACGGUGUAUGAUAGGCAUCGAGGAAGGAACAAUGACCCUCAAAGUCUAUGAUGAAGAGCUAAAAAUAGAUGUGAGAAACAUAAUGCAAUACAAAGAUGAUAUUGGCAUGCGCCACACCAUAGAGAUGAUAGAUCAAGUAAUUACUCAAGAAAUUGAAAGACAUAGACCCCAAUCACCACUAGAACGAGUCUUAAGUCUAUAA